UCCGUUUGGCUUACCGCAACUGAAAAAACGAAAAAUCGAAACACCCAGCAUGGCAACGGUGGCAAAAAGCUUCUCGAAAACCUUAGAGACUCUAGAAGAUAAGCGCCGAAAAAAGACAGAAGAAUCAAAACCAUUGCUUCUUCCACAGAAGAAGCGCGUUUUACCUCCUACUAAUUCACCUAGUAGAUUAAAGAAAAGUCCAAAAUUAGACGAAAACGCUGCAGAAGAAACAAUAAUUAGAGAGACAGAGGCUGCUUUAAAAAAUUUAUCAGGUAGUUGGCCUGGACCAAGGGGAGGAUACCCGCAUCAAGUGGAUACGCCAACAUUCGAAAAUCUAUUUGAUGAAAAAAAGGCGUCUGUUAAAAUGUCACCAACUUCCAGUUCAAACAGCAGUAGCGACAAUGCUUCGUCUGUUAAAGAUGUUAUCACACUAAGAGAACAACACGAACAUGAAGAAACUUUCGAUGAAAAGUCAGGUAGUACGAACGGCAAAAGUAGCCCGAGAUCGACUGAUAGUAAACCAAAAAGUAGUAAAAUUCAAUAUUCGUCACCAGACUUUAACGAAUUGGUCGAUGAUUCUUCUAAUGAAUUAGAGAUUGAUAUGUCAGAAGCUGCUGCAGAGAAAAACGAAUCUAGCGGAAAACAAGAACAAGAAAAACGAAAAGAUCCUAAAUAUCCCUCCAGUAAUUCUUCGUUUCAUGCUUUUUCUCGCUCAUCUCCAUUUUCCACUACCUCUGCAUUUAGGCCUCCACAAUCUAAAAACCCUCCACUUGGUCCAUUUCCUGCAGAAGCUACUUUUGUUGGUUAUCCAGAAGGAGCACCAGUGGAGGAAAAGAAAAUAAUAGUUCCAUUGAAACCGUCAGAUAGCCAAACAGAAAUACAAAAGAGUCCCGAAGGUGUCAACAAACAGUAUACUAUUUUACAACCAGCAGGAGUUGGAUCUAGAGCAGCUACUACAAUGCAAGAAGUAGCUAGAGAAGGAGUUCCAAGUGUAUCAGCGGUUAGUGGGAACCCAGGAACUGAAAAUACGGGGAAAAUAACAACCACCACUAUUGCACCAGGAACACUAUCACCAAAUAGUAUUGGUAGGGAGGGAAGCAAAUGCCCCACCCCGGGUUGUACGGGUCAAGGACACGUCACGGGACUUUAUUCACACCACAGAAGUCUUUCUGGAUGUCCGAGAAAGGACAAAGUUACACCAGAAAGUGGUUGUCAAACUGAGUUUUCUCCCAGCUACGAAGGAAAAAGGACUCCGACGUCAGAGGACGUUAAACCCAACUACUUAGUAAACUACGGAAAUCCACCCCCGCCUACAUCUUCUUCUUCAUCGGAAGAGAUUAAACCAAACUACGACCAAUACUACAGCAAACCCACACCAGUCAAACCCGAUCCUAUGAAAAUUCCCAAAACUGAAGUUACGACCACCAGUUGUUGUAGUGUCAGUGCUCAAGGGGAAUUAUUAGUACCAAAAACAGAAAUGCCCAGUUCUUGUAGGUCGCCCCCUUCAGGAAUAAGGUCAGCAUACGAACCGUAUAUGAAUCAAGACUCAAAUUCAUCGUCUAUGUCCAGUAUGGACGCCAUGAACUCAAGGAAUCAACACCAAAUACACCAUAAUACAUCUCAUAUGGGACCUCAUCAUAAUCCACAACAACCUGGGUACAGUAUGGAACACCAAAUGCCUCAUAGGUCUCCGUACCACCAGUCGCCUAUGUCAGAGGAGAUGUAUACCAGGGAGCGAUCGUACGCAGAGAUGAACGAACCCAUAGGUCCAAACAGUAUUGCAAGACCAGUAGUCACAUAUUCUAAUGAAAUAGCAAGGCCUUACGAAUCAGGUUUAAUAAAUUCUGCAGGACACCGACCGUAUGAUCCUGGUACCAACAGUUUUGAAAGAUACGAUUCCAGCCAAUGUGUGUCUCUUCAACAGCCCUUGGGUCCUGCAAGGGUGCCACCGCAGGGUAUGUACGGAUAUAUCGAUGAUCAACAGGAACAGAGGUACCAACAGGAGGCUGCAGCAGCGCAACAGCAUCAAAUUGCAGUUGCUAAUGCCCAAAGUAUGAUGAAGACAGAAGAACCUGAAUCAACUGGACCGUUAUAUCCAAGACCAAUGUAUCAGUAUGAUGCCUCCAGCGGAGCUCCCCUUCCAGUUGGCUUUUCAGCAAUUAACUUAUCUGUGAAAUGUGUGACAACGGCUCACGCUGCUCAAAUGAAGGGUCCGCACACGUCCCCAGGGGGCACCGUUAUCGAUUUGUCGACGUCCAGUGUCACCACUACUAGUCCACAGGUAGCGUACAGCUCGCCGCAUUAUGGAGGAGCAGGCCAAAGGGUCGGAGGCAGCCCCCAAGCGGCGGCGAGUCCGCACCUUUCGGCAAGUCCGCAAGUCCCGAGUCCUCAGGGACAAACGCUGGACCUCAGCAUUAGUAGGUUGUCUCACAGUGGGGUACGACCUGUAGCGUCAUUUGCAUCAACGCCUGGAGGAGGACCAGUACUAGCUCCUGGUGCAGGAUAUAGCAGAGAAUCAACUCCUGACAGUGGCGGAAGUCAUUAUAUGGAUGCUUACCGGGAUCCUGCAGGUUAUGGUCCUAUGAGUCCCCAUCCUGGAUAUGGUAUGACGACAGUAGCCAGUGAUUAUGCCUCAAACCCCUACUCACCUUACCCACCAAGUGGAUACUCAUGUGCCGGUGGAUAUCCUGGACCCGUUACAACAGGUUACCCAGUUCCCCCAGGCGGUUAUUCACCAAGUACUUGUUAUUCCAUGCCACCGCCCCAACACUCAUUAUCGCAACAUGAUAAGUCGCCCAACAAGGACAGUCUGUCAGGAUGUCCACGAGCGGAUCGUUCACAAAUUCAACCCCAUUCUCAAGAACUGAAAUGCCCAACGCCGGGAUGCGACGGUUCAGGUCACGUCACAGGCAAUUACAGUUCACACAGAAGUUUAUCUGGAUGUCCUAGAGCUAACAAACCAAAGAGUAAGCCCAGAGAUGGCCAGGACUCCGAACCCCUGAGCGCGUCUGGAUGCCCUAUAGCAAACAGAAACAAAAUGAGAGUUUUGGAGAGCGGUGGAUCCGUUGAGCAACACAAAGCUGCCGUGGCUGCUGCAACGGCAAUGAAGUUCGAAGGGGUUAACUGCCCAACGCCGGGGUGUGACGGAACUGGACAUAUAAACGGUUCUUUUUUAACGCAUCGGUCCCUCAGUGGAUGUCCUGUAGCGGGUCAGACAGUGAAGAAGUCCAAAUAUCCGGAGGAUAUGCCUUUUUAUACUAAGGGAUAUACAGGUAUAGAACAGGGACCUAAUGGCGGAGAAGACCUUAUGACCUUGGAGGCGGAGAUAUCCGAAUUACAAAGAGAAAAUGCAAGAGUUGAGUCUCAGAUGAUCAAACUGAAAUCGGAUAUAAACGCAAUGGAAAAUCACUUGGGCCAAAACGAAAAAGAAACCCAGGCGCUAUCGCAACGUUCCAACAACCUGAACGAGUACUACGAGAGUCUACGUAACAAUGUCAUUACACUUCUGGAGCAUGUUCGACUGCCCGGUGCCAGUUCGGUAGGUCCAGGCGGCCCAACUGCUGAAAAGAUCGGACAAGAAAACUUCGAUUCCUAUUUAAGCAAGCUGCAGACCUUGUGUACGCCUGACGGAUACUGUAGUGACGAGAACAGACCUUUGUAUGAGACUGUGAAGAGCGCUUUACAAGAUUUUACUGUACUGCCAACUCCGAUUUAAAAGUGAGAUCAUCCUGAGACUACGGACUCUGCGUUUUGUGAGUAAGGCAGUUUUUGGAUGGUAAUAUGAAUUAUGUAACUGGCUUACAGAAAGUUCUUAAUGGUUUUCAUGUUUCAAUUUAAAAAAAGCAACUAUUAAUAUGUCACUAUUAUUAAUAAAGUCUUAAACAAGACUUUUCAAGUUUUUAAAUUUUUUUAAAUGAUCAAUGUAUUAAACUUUUGACACGAAAAACAAAAUGAAAAUCACUCCCAAACUUUUUGUACGCCUCCUGUAUUAAAAGUUUUCAUAUUUGCUUUUACAUAAACUGCUUGUCUCUUUCCAAAAAAAGCCCCAUCUAUACGUCGAAAGCUGUACUGACAGAAAUACCUAUUAUGUAUUUUGGCAAUUACUACUUUUGUGUUACAGAAAUCUAUAUAACAUAUAGUGGCUAUAGCUGACAUCUCUUAAACAGAAGUAUAAACUUCUUUAAAGUAUUCUGCAGAGAUGCAUGCCUUUAAAAGGAAACUACAGUAGAGAGUAAGUCCAAAAAUUGCAGGGUAAUUAAUAAAUCUUAUUUUUUAAAUAAAACUGAAAUAGUUAGACUAAUUUCUAAGAAGACAUAAAUUACUUUUUAGUUAUAUUAUAAUAUUAUAAUAGAACGAUACUUAAUAGCAUAUUACAAUAAUUUUAAUGGUUUCUAAUUUUAACAGUAGAUGGCGCAACAAUGAUAAUAAAUACCUACAUUUUUAAUAUUUUAACUAGCUAAAAUCAACUCUAGCUCUUAAGCGUUAGAACUUCAUGAACCCAAGAUUCAAAAGUUAUUAUGAAAUUUAUUUUAAUAAAUAAUUUAUUACGAUAAAAAGUACGUGUUUCAAAAUAGGUACAAUAUUAUUGAUCAAUUAUCCCUAGCCCCCUGUCUUCAGGCUGGAGCAUUAGUUGUUGCAAGACUGUCAGCGAGUCAAAGGGCUUUUCAACGAUUGUCAUUUGUUUCGAGCUUCUGUCAUAUUAUGUUGUAUAAUCUGUGAUAUACAUGGAUUAUAUGACAUAUGACAGAAGCUCGAAACAAAUGAGAAGCGUAACCGGUUAAUCGGAAUAAUUUACCUAACGGAGGCAAGCAUAGAACUUGGACUAUAAUUGCACGUCUUCGCGUAAAGUCCAAGACUGCGUGAUGCGUUGUAGUCCCGUGGAAUUAUUUUCCUUGUUUUUUCUUUUCUCUUCUUUUGAGCUUCCGUAUGUCUACAAGAGCCUUUCGGCUGAGCAGAUUCCAGAAUCUUAACUGUCGGAUAAGAACAUGGACUACUCUGGUCCAGUUUUUUUAAUGAUUUGUUAAAAUUUUUUGGGUUGGCAUGUACCAUUUUUUUAGUUAGUUUGUUUUAUUGUUUUGGAUGGCCUAGGUCUUUUUUGUGUUUGUGAUUUUUUAAAGAAUUUUGAGAUGAGGAUCUGCUGAGAUGAGGGGCAUUUAGUCUAGCGUUGCAGAACUACUUAAUAUCGCUUCUUAGGCGUAGCCAGUUAACGUUUGGGUCUUCCAUGUUUUCAUCGGUGAAAGACAUCAUACUUAUCUCUCGCAGGAUGUGGUUGGGAAGUUACAUUAGUUCGGUGAAUUUUGUUUUUGCUUUGUCAUUCAUUUAAUCUAAUACUCUGAUCUGUUGGAUGUCUCUGAAAAGGAAUCUUUUCGCUACGUAUCCAGGGACCUUUGAUGCUUCUCGUUGUACUUAGUAUUGUGGUCAACUUGGAUCUUCUUUCUGUUCGGUUUGUAGGUCUAUCUACAUGUUAGAGAUGCAUAUGUCAGGAUGGGCAGUAUGGUGCUGUUGAUGAGCCUUGCCUUUGUUCUGAAUGUUAAUUUGCUUCUUCUCUCAGUUAGGCUUCUACUAUUGGCUUGUACCAUUUUUGUCUUCUGUACAGUUCUUGUAACGUGGGAUGUGAACCUGGGUUCCUUCUCCGUGGUCCCGAGGUACUUUUCUUCAUUUCUCCAUCCGAUAUAUGGGAGUGUCGAAUAACUCCAGUAGUUAUUGACUGGUACACCGCAUUUCUUAUUAAACAUCACUACUUGGUUUUUCUCCGCAUUUACUGCAAUUUUUAACUGUAUCCACCGUUGUUAUUCUAGGGCAUCUAGCGCUGUCUAAAGAUUUCUAGUUGCAUUUGGUUCUGUGUUUUGCCACUAUUGACGUAUCGUCCGCAUAAAUGCUGAUCAUGGUGUCCGGUAUUCUGGGGGCAUAGGCUGUAUAUGUGUUAUACAGCAGCGGAGACAGAACACAUCCUUGUGAUACUCCUGCCUCCGUAAUUCCAACUUCGGAUAGGACUUGAGCUAGGCGAAUCCUGAAUUUUCGGUUGGCGAGGUACGAGGAGAGUAGCUCUGUAAUGGCCAUGCUAUAUCCACAAUUCUUCAUUUUGUAGAUCAGUCCAUUGCAACGGCGUAACCAGGAUAAUCCUAAGGGGGGUUAUGGUAUCUGGGGGGUAUGGAAUAGUAUUGGUAUUAAGCAUAUAGAGCCCAAAGUACAUCCCAAUGUGGGUGGUUAUAACCCCCAAAACCCCCCUGGUUACGCCUUUGGUGAAUUGUGCUAGACUUCGUCGAAUGUUUUGCUUACGUCUAAAACUAUCGUUGGAUCCUGCUUCGAUAUAUUCUAUGGCUUGAAUAGCUGAAGUUCGCUUGAGUAUUUGGCAUUAAAUCUGAAUUGGGCUUCUGGUAAUAUUGUAGUCUUUUUGUUUCCUCUUCGAGCCUUAAGAGUAUCACUCUUUCAGCAAUCUGGCUGACUGCUGGCAGUAAACUUAUUGGCCAGUAGUUCUGUAGAAAAAUGCUGUUUUUUGGUUUAUGGAUGGGCUUCUUACCAUCGAUAAGGGGAAUCUUCUGAAUUUCAUCAGUGCGUUUAUAUGGUCACAUAAAUGACUGCUUUCGUUGGUAGGUGCUAAACUCUGACGUUCUACGGUGCUAUGUUAGGCUUAGGAAUGGGUAAGUUAGGCACAGGUAGAGGGGUGCCGGAUUAUUGAAUGGUCUGAUUAGUGAGAUACUAUAAUGUGCUGUAUAUGUAUGUAAAUGUAUGCAGUGUAUUUUUUAUGCAUUGUUUGGACUAAGAAAAUUAGUAAACCUAGUAAAAAGAAUGUGAGAAAGAUUUGAUGUUUGUCAUUACUACUCCACACCAGCCAUUGGGUGAAAAAAUAUAUAGAUUUCUGUUAGUAAUUGCCCCUAAAUUAAUGUAUUUCAGUUGUAUCCUCAUGUACGUAAAUUUAAAUUGUGAUUUCUGUAAAUAGCUAAAUAUACAUAGCGACAAGAAACUACCUGUAGAUAUAUGCCAUACGCGUGUCGCUGUUGGAAAACUCAUUGUAUCAUAUACCUUAACUAAUUGUACAUAGCUCGAUAUUUAUGUUUGUACCUAUAUGUAAAAAGUUCGUUAAGCAUAUUUUUUAGUUAGAGAUUUGUUUGGUAGGUGGAAAUUUGACGACGAGGUAACAAAUAUUAUCUUUAACAGAAUCUGUUUUCAGUACCAAUGAAAUUUAAAAGUUUAUGAAAUUUAUAGAUUAUUUUCUAUCGAUAAGUGUAAAGUUUGUUUAGCAGUAAAUGGUUGACUUCAAUUAAAACAUCCUGUGUUAACCGAUAAUAGUAUAAAAGGCCCGGUUUCAGAUAAAAUUUAAAUAUGUUUCAUUUACAUAUUUCAGGUAAAAAUUUUGUGGAUCCUUUGCUUUAUUAUAGGAGUACCGUCUAGUCAGUGUUAAUUGUCAAAAGACCAACUCUGUCUACCUCGUUCGCUUAUUGCUCCGGGCCGAUCGUAACAAUGGGCCAAGUCAGAUAAAUUUAAUAAUAUUUACGACCGCACUAAUUGAAGUCAACCAAUUUCUGCUAAACAAACUUUACACAAAUUUAUUGGAUUUGGAUACCUGACAAUAACUAGUCUCUUUAGAUUAUAUCCGCUAAAAUACAUAAACGUGCAUAAACGUGUAACCAUCAUUUAUUAAUUCUAACAUAUUAUUGUCAGUUAAAAGUUCAAAUUAAAAUAAUCGUUAUGUUUAUUAGUCUUGAUAUUUUUAACAGCUAAAUUCCAGAGCCAAGAAAUGUAGUAUAGAUCUGGUCAGCAAUAGCAAAGCAGAUAGAGUCCAAAAUUAUGACAAAUCUGUCAAAAGCGAUCACAGUAAAAAAAGUUAUUACAAAAUUGCCAUAAUAGGACUUUUCAACGAUUCUCAUUUGUUUCAAGCUUCAGUCAUAUUAUGUCGUGUUAUCCGUGUAUAAUAUUAAUAUACAGCUCGAAGCUCGAAACAAAUGAGAAUCGUUGGAAAGCCCUAUUCAGAUUCUAAAAAGUUUUUUUUAUCAAAAUUUAAUCUAAGAGCACAUAAAAUGAUACCAUUUUAUAUCCAACCAGACCAAAAACAAUGGAAGAUCUUCUCUGGUUAGUCUGGUUACUCUGGUUGGUCUGGUAGGAUAUAAAAUGGUAUCGUUUCAUGUGCUAUUAGAUUAAAAAACUUAAACUUUUUUCUAGCAGUUGUCGCUAGGACAUCCCUGCCAUUUCAUUCGUUACAAUCCGUGACUGCUCUCGGUACGUUUUCCUAGUUCAUUCAGAGAAGAGCAUAUAUAUAUAUCUCCUGAUGAGGGGUUAAGAAGCCCCGAAACCGGUAGAGUUACUUGCUGUACUCUCUGAUUGAACUAGCAAUAUAAUACGACUUCAGUUUCGGCUUGCAACGAAAUUGAAAGUGUUGAUUAAUUUUUAGUUUUUUUUUAUCAUUUACUACGUAUAAUUCUUUACUUUGUAAUUUUAAAUUAAUAUAUUUUUAUGUUGGUUGCAUAGUUCCUAUUAGGUAUAGUGUUUUUCUAAUAAAUGAAAAAAGAACGUUUUGGUGUGUAUGUUCAAUAAAAUGAACCCAAGGCUAAUUCAUAAUAAACUGUAGCAUGAACGUGUCAUUUAUUUCUCUUGAUGUAAAUUACAAUUGAGAAAAUUGCGAAAACUUCAAAUAUGCUACAGUGUUUGUCAAAAUAAACAGUACCGAAAGGGAAAUAAAACUUUAAUUUACAUAAUUAAUUGAUAUGUUAAAAAUGUGGAUCAUUGCGGUGCAAACAAACUGUAUAAAGAUUUUGCAGAUUAUCCAACAUAUUUAUAUUGUUCUGAAGCUAUUUCCUUGUGACAUUUUUACAAUCAACUAUUUUUAAUGGGAAACAAGCCACAAUUUUACCAAAAAUGAUUUUAUUAACGUUUCGAAGCCCAAAUCGGGUUUCGUUGUCAAAAUACAAAAUACUACUAAAAUAAACAAAA